GCCCGCCCGCGCGCGGGGCGCCUUCCCUCCGGGUCCCGCAGCCUGCGCGGCGCACUCGUCCCCGCAGCGCCCUUGUCCCGGAGUGCAUGGGAGAGUAGCGGCGGCGGCCCCGGCGGCAGCGGCGGCGGCGGCCCGGCCCCAUGUUUUCGCCCAGCCAGGAGGAGCACUGCGCGCCCAACAAGGAGCCCGUCAAAUACGGGGAGCUCGUGGUCCUGGGGUACAAUGGCUCCCUCCCUAACGGUGAUCGGGGACGUAGGAAAAGCAGGUUUGCUCUUUAUAAAAGACCCAAAGCGAACGGCGUCAAACCCAGCACGGUUCAUGUCAUUUCAACACCUCAGGCAUCCAAGGCCAUCAGCUGUAAAGGGCAGCACAGCAUCUCCUACACUCUCUCAAGAAACCAGACCGUUGUAGUGGAAUAUACCCACGAUAAGGAUACUGAUAUGUUUCAGGUUGGCCGAUCAACAGAAAGUCCCAUAGAUUUUGUUGUGACGGAUACAAUUUCGGGCAGCCAAAACAGCGAUGAAACGCAGAUCACCCAAAGCACCAUCUCCAGGUUUGCGUGCCGCAUUGUCUGUGAUAGGAAUGUGCCAUAUACAGCCAGAAUCUUUGCAGCAGGAUUUGACUCGUCAAAAAACAUAUUCCUUGGGGAAAAAGCAGCAAAGUGGAAGAAUCCCGACGGACACAUGGAUGGGCUAACGACUAAUGGCGUUCUAGUCAUGCAUCCCAAAGGGGGGUUUACAGAAGAAUCUAAGCCUGGGGUCUGGCGUGAAAUUUCGGUCUGCGGUGAUGUAUAUACUCUGCGUGAAACAAGAUCUGCCCAGCAAAGAGGCAAGCUAGUAGAGAACGAGACCAACGUCCUCCAGGAUGGCUCGCUCAUCGACCUGUGCGGGGCCACGCUGCUGUGGAGGACGGCCGAGGGCUUGCUGCACACGCCCACCCAGAAGCACAUCGAGGCCCUGCGGCAGGAGAUCAACGCGGCCCGGCCCCAGUGCCCCGUGGGGCUGAACACGCUGGCCUUCCCCAGCAUCAGCCGCAAGGAGGUGGUGGAAGAGAAGCAGCCGUGGGCGUACCUCAGCUGCGGCCACGUCCACGGCUACCACAACUGGGGGCACCGCAGCGACACGGAGGCCAACGAGCGCGAGUGCCCCAUGUGCCGAACCGUGGGCCCCUACGUCCCCCUCUGGCUGGGGUGCGAGGCGGGCUUUUACGUCGACGCUGGCCCGCCGACUUACGCGUUCACUCCUUGCGGGCACGUGUGCUCCGAGAAGUCCGCCAAGUACUGGUCGCAGAUCCCGCUGCCCCACGGCACCCACGCCUUCCACGCCGCCUGCCCCUUCUGUGCCACGCAGCUCACCGGCGAGCAGAACUGCGUCAAGCUCAUUUUUCAGGGUCCAAUCGACUGAUGCCGCCGUUUUGCAGACGACCACGAGGAAGCUAAUCCCGUUAACGAUUUACUGUGAAGAUAAAGAAUUUGCCACUAACUCUAGCUUUUACCUUUUUUAUAGGAUUGUUAUUAAUCAGGGCUUUUGCGGGUGGGCCUCGGCUGCGAGCAUUGUGAAGUGUGAAGGUACACGGAUACCUGAACCAAACGGAGAUCAGUGGCAUUGCAUGCUGAGCGGCAGCUUGUUCGUGACAUCUUCUCGGUCAAAUUGUAGUAUAUUUGUAAUGUUUGUAAGAUCAGAAGAAAAAAUACAAUGUCUUAAUGAUUUUUUUAACCUUGGAUUUUUUAACAGAAAUGCUUUUCUUCUAAACUUUGACAAGCCUUUAAAACACGUAUUUUUUCAACCUAAAAGGAGCAUACAGAAUGUAAUUCGUCUGUCCUGUCUAUUUUUCUCUUUUCUCUCUCUUUUUAAUUUGCAAUAUAACUAACUUGAAUAGUUCAUUCUCAAGGAGGAUGGACUGAAUGUGUGGGCAAACCCAGGUGAAUGUUGACUGUAUACCUGCAGUAACCCAGCCGUGAACACAAAGCAGCUGGCUUCAGGAAGCAGAGCACAAAAGCUUGACAGAACUCUGCAGUUUGGGCUAAUGCCACUCUCCAAAAAAAGGAAAGAAAGAAAGAUGCAAGUACUUGAAAUUUGGAGGUCAUGGACUGCUGGCUUGUGUCUGUCUUUGACACCAAGUUCCUGUGUCCAUCAAUGCUUGUAACUGAUAAUGUGAGAAGGCUUAAAAAUACGGGUUGCUUGUCCCCUUCCACUGUGUAGGACGUGUCCUUUUGUGUGCAGCAAAGAGUUUCCGAGUGAGCAGAAUUAUCCGGCGGCCACUAAAUGACCAUCCUGCUCUGUCUUGCGCUGACUGUACCCCUCACAGAUUUGUCCUGCCAGGCUCAGAAUUAGGCCCGGUUUCUCACUAGCUUGUCUUACCUUCCUGCAGAGGGGGAAAAUGGCUUUUCUCUGGCUUCGUUCCAAGCCAUCCCUGUCUGUUUGAAGGGCCCUCCAUGUGUUCCCAAGUCUGUCAUUCAUUUCCUCCCCAACUAGGCUGCCCCUACUGACACGUCCCCAUCGUUUAAAGUUGUCCCUGUCACCCCCUUGAUUGAGGCUGUGGGGAAGUGGCUCUGUUGUCAGUGUAGUGAGAAGGAUGUGGGACCUUUGUGAUGCAUGAAAGUCAUUUUGAUAAAAAUCUGGUGAAGACAAGGCAAGGUAUUUCAUCAGCUCUUUUCGGUUCUGCAUCUGGUUUUAGUUGUUUUGGGGUUCUUUCCCUGUCCAGCCAUCUUCGCCAUUUUAUCAGUUUUCUGUCAAUGGCGAAUUCUGCGCUGUGGUUUUCUUUCCACGGAGUAUCGUUUGUCCUUGCAUGCCUUGAGCCUUUAGGCAAAUUGCAGCGUGGCAACUAAUUAUACAUUCUGUUGAAUGGCUUCACUUGCCCUGCUAGCACAAAGGUUUUUGUUUUGUUUUUACAGGACAUACAUCUGCCAGCCUUGGACAGAAUCCAACAGAGAGCUUAGGCUUCUGCCAAUUAUUUCCACCCCAUGGGUUCCUUCCCGCCAUAAGCAAGAUCCACCAUUUAUUCAAGGGAAAUUUAGCACUUCCUUGGGAAAACCCUGAAACUAGCGGAAAUGCUUAUUUCUAGAAGAUGGGUUUGCUUAUCUCCCUUGUGCAAGCUUUGCUGACCUCUCUUCUUUCAGAAACAAGGGUUUCCUCUCAUUUGGAAUUGCCCCGGAAGCACAGAAUUGCUCUUCCCAAGCAAUGGGUAGAGGAGAAUUGGUCCAGGCUUCCAUUGGAUUCUGCCGCUUGAUCAUCAGUGUCGGGCACUCUUGAGUCUGAAAGAUCUGCAGAAGGAUUUCUCAUGAUUCGCAUGUUUUGUAGCUAUUUUAAAAUCAGUAAUGAAAACUAAGCUGUUUUGUUAAACUUGCUUCGGUGAUGCUACCCCCAAUGUGCAAACAUUUUAAAAUAGUUUUAGUUCUGCUGGUUUCUUAACUUUGCAGUUUGCCAUCUGUCCUGUUUUUCUUACCGUCUGAAAAGUGUCAGUUCAUUAUUAUUUUUGUUUGCAAUUGGAAGAAAACACCAAAUGUCACAUUUAAAUAGCCAGGAUUAAUUCUUGCCCUAGGUGACUCGAAACCUUUCAUUUGGAGUGCGGGGAAUAGGAAAGAAGAAAAGUUACUGAUCACUCUGAAAGUUAGGAACUGGGAGUUUCUCAUGAACAUUAACUUGCUGCUUGCUAACAUUGCCAUUGGUGUGGGACAAUUUUUGUGCUUUUUCUUUACCUAUGGAAUUGGAGGUAUUCUGUGCAGAUGUGAAAAAGCCCCCACCCAAAACUCAUUGCACAUCUGGAGUGAACCUGGCAGUUUUGAUCUCCUUUCUGUUAAAUUCACAGCAGUUCCUUGCAAUGCUUGUGUCCUUUGUAUAAAUAUAUAAUUUAUAUGAUUUUAAUAUAUUGUGUAUAUACUUGAAUUGGCCUGUUCAUAUUUUGGAUGUAAUAUUGUUUUAUAGUUAACCUCUUAAACAUUUUCAUGUGUCCAUUGCCCACUGGCUGAUGAGGCAUGUUUUUAAUCUGCUGUUUAAUACGAUUUGGCUGUAUAAAAAGAUCAGCAUUUUGAAGUGGAAACAGCCCUUCCUUUUCUUUGGAAAGGCCACAGAUAGGGCCAGUUGCUUCCAAAACAUGUUGUCCUCGUGCCUUUAAAAGAAACAGCUUUUUGCCUUUGAUUCCACAAGAAAAAACACGUUCUAGUUCUGAUAGCCCUUGCUGCCGUAGCUUGGGAGAUCCACAACAGAUCCCUGUCUUUUCGUGUACGUGACCUGGGGCCCUAUUUGUUCCCCAGUCAAUUCUUCAAGCUGCCUGCUCAAGUAAAAAUGCCGUAAAAUUAAAGGUUUAAAAUGGCUGUGCUUGCCAACGUCUAGGGCAGAAAAACACGGCAGCACAUACUCUCUCUCCCCAAAGGCAUACGCUGUCCCCACAGUUAGAUUUCCUUCACAUGCAAAUAUGUACCUAAAAAUCCCACACCACCAUCGUUGAAGGAGUUAAUAUGGAAGCUGCUCUAGAUGUUUUGAAGGAAGGACCACUGGAUAGACUCGGGGCCCAAUCUUUGAAGCCCUUCCAGGCGUUGUGCAAGGGGACAAGCACAGUUAAGGAUUCAAAAUACUGCUGGCGGGCUUCUGGGGAAAACAAUAUGUCUAGUAGUAAAGGUUUCCCCUCGCCUCUUAACAAGAGUCACCCCUUUUCUUAUUGCAAUGUUUUGUGGGGAAGAAAGCACCAUGAAAAGGCUGUGAGCGCUGAAGGAAUUCCUGGACGGUGCUCCACUUUCCAACAUGGCAACUUUAAUCUGCCUCAAGUUUUUCUGGUGUGCUGUGUGUCUCGAGGGUUUUCCAAGGAAGGCUAGUUUUAAUUCUUCAUAGUUUAUUCAUGUUCAAGGUUAGAUGAGGCUUGUCUUUACUUUCGGCAGUUCCGUGAUGUGUGUUACUCCACCUAAAGAUCAGGCACCGCUCAGAACCUGCACUUGUGUUCUGGUGCGGUUUAGCACAAAAAAUGCAGCAGCCAAGGGAGAAGAGCGCUCUCUGAAGGAGUCAGAAUGGAAGGUCUUUUGUAGUUUCCUUACUUGCUGGCACUGAAAGAUUCUACACCAAUAAUGGGCUUUUCUGGAUUGAUUGAUUGAUUGAUUAAUAUUGUCUCUUUCUGUUGCUGUUUGUUUUGCCUGUUCCUAAGCUUCCCUGACAUAAUUAUAUUGCAUUGAAACUU